AUGGCGACGACGACACCCGCCGCCUCCUCCUCCUGCGACACUCUCAUCACCCCUUCGUCACAAGCUCACAUCGCCCACCCUUUCUCAAAAACCAUGGACGACUCCGACGUGGAACUCGCAGUCCUCGGAUCCACUCCACCACAGCCGAUAAUCCCCAAACUCCUCCGCGAAGCAAGUGACCUUACCUGGCGUGAAUCCCUCGAGUCAACAAAAGACACCGUUGUCCUGGUCCGCCGCGGCGGUCGCUUUCGGCUCUGGCAACAGCAGCAGUUCAAAAAUAGUCUCCUCGCCAGCGUGGGAUACCUCGAGCUAGCGAAUGCAGGCGACUUCGCAGCUAAUGUCUGGAACCGGAUCCCCGUGCCGCGCUUUGCUGCUGUGCUGAUGGGCAUUGGCGGCACGUUUGCGUUGGGGAUGGCCCUUGUCGCGGUGAAGGAUUUUCGACUCUCGUGGCGGAAUGUGAAGUUGUUGCGCGCGGAGAGGGAGUAUCUCCAGCGACUGCGGGUUUAUCAUGAACGAAACCCUGAGUUGGCGAGCCUGUUUGACAGUCGAUUGGGUGUUGGGAUUCGUGAACUCGGCACGGAGGUCGUGGACCGCAUCGUCAUGGAUGUGCUCAUGGGCGCGGGCUCGGUUCUUGUUGGUAUUGGGACGCUGAUGGCGAUCGGCGGAGCGGACCGCAGAGUCUACAAGGCGAGCAAUCUUUUGUCUGGGUAUAUUGGCAACGCGCUGGCCGCGAUAUUUGGUCUUGUCAACGCUAUCUGGUCGGCGUACCUUCUGCACCGGCUCCGCGUCCACGACGCGGCUAUCCUCGCCCAGAAACCGAGCGACACUAUUCGCAGCAGGCUGCAGGUUCGGUCUAGCUGCUUUAAAUGGCAUGCCUUUGUGAAUGGGCUUAAUGGGCUGGUCGCCGGCGCCGCGUCGAUGGUUACGGCUGAGCGCUGGUGGGGAUAUGUUGUCCUGAUCCCAUGCAUCGUCUCACUGAUCGUGUGCAAUUUCUUCUGGAGAAAGAAACUGGGUUAUGAUAGACCUGUGUUGGGUGAUUUGUCCUCUGCGAGUAUGCAGCUUACACCCUUGUUCGAGGAUUUGGAGUACGCUAUCGCCAUGCAGCGGGCUCUCGCAGACGCAGAGAUCACCUUACCACAGAAUAUUGUCCAGACUGACUCGCUGGAGUCGGUCCUGCAAUUUAUAACGAGAAAUAGAAUGUUGGAGCAGUACGGCGAGUCACUUGCUUGUGACAAGAACACCCGUGGAAUGUUGUCAGAGUGCGCUCGACGCGGUCCCCUUGGUGACGAGAUUCUCCUGUCGCCUCCCCUCCUCAUCGCCCUUUCCACAUCUCCCUCUCGAUCCAAAAUUCUAUUGGAUCAUGCGAAAAGAUUCCUUGUUACGGACGGUUACAUUGCAUUUGUGCAUCGUGAACGACACCUUCUAGAGCUUUUGGGGUACGCCGCCUGGCGGGACCAGACGACGUCCACAUCUACAUCCACAUCCACAUCAGCGACCUCGAUAGAUCAUGUAUGA